GAGAGAGAAACAGAAAGAGAGAGAGAGAGGACGGGAGAGAGAGAGGACGGGAGAGAGACCUCAUCUUCAUCAUCCAGAGAGCCUGAGUGGUGUGUGGAGACUGGAGUGAAGGGCAGACUCUGGUGUGGCAGCAGAGGAAGCAGCAGCCAAGGCAGACGCUCCUCGCUCUCUCUGGCAGCAGACACCCAGCGCAGCCCAGCCCAGCGCAGCGCAGUCAUGCGGCCCAGAUCUCGGCUCCUUGUGAAGAGGGGAUUGCCCACCAUCAGGGAGGGAUAUGAGGAGAUGGUGCAGGACAUGAACCAGGCCAACAGCCAGCACACACCGCCCAGCACCCAGCCACAGCAGUCUCUGUCCACGCAGGACUACCUGCUCUCUAUCUGCCAGCUGGCCAGACCCACCUUCCCCUUGCGGGAACCAGAUUGGGACAUCCUGUCCAUGGCGCCAAUGGACAUGUCCAAACCGUGCCCAAGGCUUCACAGACUCAGACGCAGAGACGCAGUGUGUCCCGUGUCCUCCGUCUCUACGGCGCUCACACAGAGGGAGAGCCAGGGAGAGUGUAGUCCCCCUGAGCCAGCCAGCGUCAGCUCCACUCCGAGCCCCAUCACCGUGACCUCCGAUCCGCUGGAGUACCUCUACAGUAACGGGGGUGCGGAGUGCCCGCAGGGGCUGGAGGGGAGAGGAGGACGCUCUCCGGCCACGUGCAGGCCACGCAGUGGCAGCUUCCCACGUGUCUCGUUCCCCCCCGACGCCCGGCGCAAGAGCAGCUGCCCCGAGCUCCGCCUGUCCGCGUCCACCAGCACCGUCGACGACACCGCCGCUCCUCCCGCCACGCUGAUGCAGCGCUCGCCACUGACCAAAAAGAAGCAGAGCGGCGACCGCGGCGACCGCGGCACCUCGAGCCUCGCCCUCGUUGGAACCCUCAGCAAGCCCCACAGCACUCCUGCUGACUGGAGAGGGAGCAACAGCCGAGGCAGCAGCAGCAGCAGCACGGACAAAAACAACAUGGUGUCACACUGGAUUGCCGAGUGCCGGAGCGCGUGGCGGGAGGCCAUGAUCCACGCCUGCAUGCUGCCUGCUCUCGUUGAGAAGUGAAGAUGCCCUGGAGCAACUCUCAUUAACACAAAUCUCAACAGGAUGACACACCUACACUUACACGGUGUACACUGCAAAAUGUAUCAUAAAGACAAGUUAAAAAUGUUUACUCUUCUAUGUUACUUUAGGUAUUUAGAUUUCUCUUAUAAUUGAAACUAGAUGCCAUUGUAACAGUGCCUGUGAAUACAUAGAUCAGAGUUGAAGUACAGAGUUUAGAGUUCAAUUGCAUUUUACAGCAACUCUGUAGUUCUACAAAAAUUUGGUAUUGUAUUUAUUGCUUGUUUUGAUUGUCCAUUGUUUUAUAUGGUUGGGAAUGACAAAUAGCCUAUAUGAUAUUAAACAAGCAAACAAACAAAAAAUGAGAAUAAUUUCAGCUUGUCUCAGGUGAAUACAGUGUAUAGGCAGUGUUUUGUAAGAUGCCUUUGCGAUGUAUUCCAUAUUCUGUGUUCUAUGGUGCAGAAUAAAAUUUUAUUGUGAGAAUAAAGUCACACCUGUGAGGGUGGUUAUUAUAUCUUCCAGGUAUCUCCCACAACUAUAGCAUCUUCAGUUACAAACAAGCAUUGUAAA